AUGCACGGGCUGUACUCGAAAAAUCUGACCGAAGAGAACAUUGAUGAGGUGAUUCAGUCCGAGAGAGAGAUCAACGCAAAACUGACACUUGAAAAUGAAAAGAUAAAGGGAAGAAAUGGAGAGAUACAACAGCGACUGUUGAGUUUCAUUCAGGACAACUUUAUCUUUGAAAGUAACUCAACGGAGGAUGUGAAAAAGUACAAUGGUGUCUUACUCGCCCUGAUUGAUUAUAUGGAUCGUCUGAAAAUGGUGGACUCGUACAUGCGCAAGGAGACGGAUGGACUCCUGGAGGAGUUUUUCCGUUGCAUUAAGGAGGCCAUUGUAAAGGAGAGCAAUUUGUGCUACCUCAUCAGGGAAGACAUGAAUCAGCUGAAAAUCAGCGGACAGGAAGAGGCGAUUCGGAAGCACGUGCUAGCGUUGAGGAAGUUGUAUGAGCAUAACAGUGUGCUCCGUGCACAAGUCUCGCUCUUCAACUCAUUUAAACUGAAGGACGAAAAUUUAAUACACGUAGAUUUCGAGCAGUUGCAAAUCAGGUACAAGAAUUUGAAAAGCAAGGGGAGUUGUCUGGAGAAAAAAAUACAAAACCUGAAUCAAAAAAUAAAACGAUCCACGGAGAAAAAGCUGCACUACGACGAAAAAAAACUCUACCUGGAAAAGAUGCUGGAGGACAAGCAGGUGGCGCUGGAAGAAUCGCAACGUGCCAUAUGUACAAAAAAAAAACUUGUGAAUGAACUGAAAAGGAAAAAAGAAGAAUCUAUUAAAAAGUACAGCGAGGUGGAAACAAGCGUCAUUACCAAAAAUGUAUUCGAAGAAUUUCAGGAGAAAAAAAUACAGUUGGACAGAUUGAAGGAAAAGGUAGGUUUUGCAAAUAGAAGUGAAAAUGUGUGGAAUCUGGAAGAGGUGAAGGAAACGUAUGAGCGCUUGCAAAAGGCUCACGAGGAGUAA